AUGGCAUUAGAUUUAGUCAGCAUUGCACAGCCCCACUACAUACCCGGUUACACAGGCCAUUGCCCUGAAUACAAGUACCGUAUUGGCGACACAUAUGGAUCUACAACUCACAAGAUCCUUCUGGAUCCCAGCGUCCAGCAUUCAGAGCGAUUGGUGCUGUCAGAUCGAACAGCGGAUGAUUUCCAGAUCUUUCGACCUCCACAAACCGAUAUCGAUGUAGUAAAUGCGAGGUUCCGCAAUGGUGACCCGGUCUACAAGCAUCCUAUGUUACCGGGAUAUGAGGGAUUCCUUCCUCGUCUAAAUGCCCACUUCGGCCAGCGGUACACAGUGUCCGCAACAGAAGCACUCUCAGAAUUUCAAAGGUUGCAGCUGAAUCAAAGAGCCGCCCGACAGCAAUUGGAGAGGGUCGUCGAUCUGCAAGCAGGAAAAGGCCAACCCUGGGAUUUGGUUGAUAGAUUCUCAGCAACAGCAGAAUUCAAGCUUCCCCUGGUUGUGGUUAGACCAGAAUGUGCUGGUAUAUUACGAGAUCUGCCCAUGGAUGAACCUAAGCUAUCACCAGCGUCACAUUCAGUUAGUCCUUACUUCAUGGAUAAUGGAGAUCCUGACAAAUUUAUCAAGAAAGGUUUUGCGGGACACGUGCCGUAUGGUUUCCAGCGCUUUGGCGAAUCGUCGAAGAAAUUAACAAAUUCUGCUCUUUGUGACUUCUCGUCUAAUUAUAGAAGACGACAAAGUACUGAAUGGGCUCCAGUCAAUGUAGUCAAACCCGAUCCACCCUUAUCCAUCAAUCCUACUGAACUCUACCACAAACACGUUGGUAUGCUGCCAAAUUACGCGGGCCAUGUUCCAGGUGCUAUGUUCAGAUUUGGCAAAACAUAUGGGAAUGACACUAGAGAUGCCAAGCGCUGGCUCCGAGGGGACUUUGGACCUUGAUUUUUUUAUUAUUUCCUGUAACAUCUCAUAACAUCGAUGUAUUGUUUAUUUUGAAAAUCAGGUGUGAAUAAGAAUAAUUUAAUGAUGAAAUGAAAUUUUAGUUCUGAUAAUACAUGAAAAUUAUACAGAAUGAUAA